UUCUUCACGUGUAUUGAAAACGAGAAGACGAACACAAGGCGCACACCCGGCACCAAAUUGCCCGUUCAUGUGCACCGCACUCGCAUCCAAGCCUUCAUUCUCCACAAUCCACACUGCACACGCCAGCACGCCCGGCGACGCACCCGGCGUCCUCCGCACCGUGACCGAGCGGCGCUUCACGGCCAUGGAUCCACCGCUGAGCCAGCAGCCCACGCUGCUGGCGCUCUCGCUGCUCCUCCUGGCCCUGUACCUGGCGCGCCACGCCCUGCUCGGCAAGCGACGGAACUACCCGCCAGUGGCCGGCACCAUGCUCCACCAGCUCUUCAACUUCGGCCGCCUGGCCGAGUACCAGACGGAGCUCUCCCAGAGGUACCGCACCUUCCGCAUGCUCACCCCGACCUGCAACUACGUGUACACCGUCGAGCCCGCCAACGUCGAGUACAUCCUCCGCACCAACUUCGCCAACUACGGCAAGGGCACCAUGACCCACGACGUGCUGGAGGACCUCCUCGGCGACGGCAUCUUCAACGUGGACGGCGCCAUGUGGCGGCACCAGCGCAAGGUCGCGAGCUUCGAGUUCUCCACCCGGGUGCUCCGCGAGUACAGCAGCGGCGUGUUCCGGGACCACGGCCGCCGAGCUCGCGGGCAUCGUGGCCGCCGCCGCCGCCGCCGGGGAGAGGGUGGACAUGCACGAUCUGUUCAUGCGGUCGACGCUGGACUCGAUCUCUUCACGAUUGGGUUCGGAGUCAACCUGGGCGGGCUGUCCCAGUCCAGCCAGGAGAGCGCGGCGUUCGCCCGGGCGUUCGACGACGCCAACGAGCAGGUGCUGUACCGGUUCUUCGACCCGCUCUGGAAGGCCAAGAGGCUCCUCAACGUCUCGUCGGAGGCGGCCAUGAAGCGGUCGGUGCGCACCAUCAACGACUUCGUGUACGCCGUCAUCGACAAGAAGGUCGAGCAGAUGGGCAGAGAUGAACACGAAUUCGCCAAGAAAGAGGACAUACUGUCGAGAUUCCUGCUGGAGAGGGAGAAAGACCCCGGCUGCUUCGACAACAAGUACCUCCGGGACAUCAUACUGAACUUCGUGAUCGCCGGCCGCGACACGUCGGCGGGGACGCUGUCGUGGUUCCUCUACGUGCUGUGCAGCAACCAGCGCAUCCAGGACAAAAUCGCGAGGGAGGUGCGCGAGGCCACCAGCGGCGACCGGGACGUCGGCGUCCAAGAACUCACGGCGUGCCUGACAGAAGACGCCAUCAGCAACAUGCCGUACCUCCACGCCGCGCUGACGGAGACCCUCCGGCUGUACCCGGCGGUGCCCAUCGAUGUCAAGUACUGCUUUUCUGAUGACACGCUGCCGGACGGCCACGCCGUGAGGAAAGGGGACAUGGUGAACUACCAGCCGUACCCGAUGGGCAGGAUGAAGUUCCUGUGGGGCGACGACGCCGAGGAGUUCAGGCCGGAUCGGUGGCUCGACGGCGACGGCGUGUUCGUCCCGGAGAGCCCCUACAAGUUCACGGCAUUCCAGGCGGGGCCUCGGAUCUGCCUGGGGAAGGAGUUUGCGUACAGGUAGAUGAAGAUAUUUGCGGCUGUUCUUCUCUGCCUCUACAGGUUUGAGAUGUGGGAGCGCGACUCGAUGAUGGGGUACCGCCCGAUGCUCACGCUUAAAAUGGAUGGCCCGCUCCGUGUUCGUGUGUCGCCCCGGCGAGCAAGCGGGUAGCGUGCUUGGUAUAAGACUAGAAGCAGACGCGCGCUUUGCUGCACCGUUUUACUUGUAAAUGGGGACACAAUGUUGACUAUUACAUGCAACCAAGAUGUCUUUAACUUUCAACAACAAAAUAUUCUAC